CCUCCGCCCAGCCACAACGCCAGUAGCAGCAUCGGCAGCCUCAGCCGGCAGCGGAGGGAUUCUCUCCGGAGAAGUCGCGGCGGCCGCAGCAGCCAGCAAGCCAAGCCAGGGCGCCCGCCCGCACUCUUUCGCUGCUGCCCUCUUUCCCCGCGGCGGUGGUGGCCCUUUUUUUUUUUUUUUUUUUAAAGCUUCCUCACACACCGCCCGGUGCUCGCUGCGGGUCGGUGGGGCGCUGCCCAGUGGCCGAGUCGGCUUCGCCUUCCUGUGGGGCGCUGCCAUUAAAAAGCGGGCGGGCGGCCAUCGCGGCAGUCUCCUCAGGUGGGCCCACCCCCUUCCGCCGGUCCGUCCUCCGGGCAGAGCCUGUCCGCCGCGGGGCUGCUCGCCGCCGGCUGCUCACCCCCUUUCUUCCUCCCCUCGCCCGCCCUGCCUGUCGAGUCCCGGCUCUUCCCCCCCUUCCCCCUCGCUCCUCCGCCAGGCGCAAGCCGAAGAUGGCAGGCUGGCAGAGCUACGUGGAUAACCUGAUGUGCGAUGGCUGCUGCCAGGAGGCCGCCAUUGUCGGCUACUGUGACGCCAAGUACGUCUGGGCAGCGACGGCCGGGGGCAUCUUUCAGAGCAUUACGCCUGUAGAAAUAGAUAUGAUUGUAGGAAAAGACCGCGAGGGUUUCUUCACCAACGGUCUAACUCUUGGUGCGAAGAAGUGCUCUGUGAUCAGAGAUAGCCUCUAUGUGGAUGGUGACUGUACAAUGGACAUCAGGACAAAGAGCCAAGGUGGCGAACCGACAUAUAAUGUUGCUGUAGGCAGAGCUGGUCGAGUCUUGGUCUUUGUAAUGGGCAAAGAAGGGGUCCAUGGAGGCGGAUUGAAUAAGAAGGCAUACUCAAUGGCAAAAUACUUGAGAGACUCUGGGUUCUAGUUGCUAGGCAGACUGUUUAAGUAUUAGGGAAAAUUGCUAUUAAACUUUCCUGGCAGCAAGCUACACUGUGGAAACUUUAUUAGCAAUGCAGGGUGAUGGGGUAUGAACCUGUGUCUCCUUUGUAUCCCUCUGUUGGUGGGGAAAGGUGUUAUUCUUUCUUUAAUUCUGUUCAUCCUUGUUUCCUUGUGUACUCCAGCAUUGGUUAUGGUCAUGGGAAAGGAAAGGUGUCCAUGGAGGGACACUCAACAAGAAAGCUUAUGAACUGGCUUUAUACCUGAAGAGGUCUGAUAUCUAUGCAGCCUCUCCCCAUCCACAUAGCAACUGUCUUCAUUGCCACCCUGUUGUGUUCACAGUACUACCAGACUGUAGAUGGUGGUUUAUUUACACAUAUUUUCCUACUGUCAUGGCUCCAGUUACCCUCUUUGUUUGUAUGUUAAUCACUGUUGUGCCCAUGCUCCGUAUCUUGGCACCAUUUUAUUGCAACACAAAGAUGAUAUGCAUGAUACGUUGAAGCCUUGGGAGAGAAAUCAUGCCAAGUCCAGGCUUUGCUUUGUCUUAGCAAUUAGUGUGACACUGAGAACUAAACCAACCUAAACUAAAUAAGGUGCCGAUUGUACAAUCCAGAUUGAUCAAUGCCUCUUCAGCACUUUGAGCAUUUACACAGCUCAUUAGUCUUCCUUUUGUAGAGCAUGGUUGGGAGGGAAAAAGUGCAUGCAUAUCUCUACUUUCCUUCCCCCUUGUCCUCAUCUUUCAUCCACUCUUUUGUUUGCUUCCAUCUAUCUAUAUAUAAAUAUAUAUAUACUUUUUUUAAAAUACAGUGCCUGGUUUGUUUAACCAAUUUGCCGCUUGAAAGCUGUUACAAGUGUUGCUCUAGUUUUGUUGUUGCUCUUCUGUGUAGACUUGCAAACUCUUCAUGGUGUCUGAAGCACAUCCUGCUUUUACAAGGGUAACUGCAAAACUAUGAAAAGGUGCCGAUGCACUUCUCCCCUCACCGCCACCAUCACCAUCUUGAAUGAAUCCCCAGGGACAUUCCAUCACCGCAAUAGCUCAGGCACGUAACUUUUUUUUGCCAGCUCUGUUCUGUAGUUGAACUGUUAAAAAAAAAAAAAAAGGCUGCCAUCAUGGACUUUUAGAUAUCCCAGUGUAACCAUCUGGAGUGUGUCUGGUUUCAGUUUUUCAUAGGACCAAUUUUGAUUUGCAGCUUGGGGGUUUUUUAUAUGAAACUGCAGUGUCAUUGUAGACAAAACUACCAUCAGCUAUAUACUGGUAGCCUAGACUGACCUCAGACUGUCAGCUCAUUAACUGGUAAAUAAGACUUGCUGCUCUGAUACCAAUGUGUGUUUUGAGGGUUGGUAGUUGUAAGAUAAAACGGUCCAAACGGAUACCAUUUCAAAUCUAAUCUUCAUUUGGCCUGUCAUGCCCUUGCGGCAGAAAUUGUGGAGUAAACUGCCUUGUGCACUAGUCAUCUGAACCAUGUGUAACCAAAUUGUCAGUCUGAGCACGGUACUAACUUGUAUGUCCAUUUAAAAGAGAACUGCAGAACUCUGUAUACAAAAGAGAAAAUGAGAGAUGGUCUUGGUUGGAAUAACUGAGUUGGCUGUCUUGUGAUGAAUUUUUAAUAUGUAUUCUGUGCCAUACUAAUGUUUAAAAAAAAUGGAACUGUUGCUAUUGUGAGAUGGAUUUUAACAGACAAGAACGGUUUCUUCUGAAUGGCACUACUUUAGGGACACUCUAGUAUUUGCUUCUAUUGUUUGGGCCUUGUGGAUAAUGUACAGACUUAAAAACAAAUUCUUGUUGCUGAUUUGUCCAUUUCUUUCCCUGCACUUUGUUACAUCUGGGAUACAGUCUAACUCAUCUGAUUUAAUAUGCAUUUCAAAAAAUGCCAUAACUAUUAAACACCUUGUUUACAGACAGAUGAAAUAAAUUUAUUCCAACCAAAUGAAA